UUCUCUCUCUCCCUCUUGAUUAUUUUGUUAAGUAAAUUUCUUCAUGUUAAACUUAUUGACAGGACAUAAGCGUUCAUUGGAUGUAGCUACCAUAUGGCAGGGGAAGACAAAAUUUUUUAGUGUGUUGAUGCUCGCAUGGGGCUUAGUAGCAGAUGUUGACAUUGAGUCUGAAAAGUAUAGGUGGAUGGGAAGUGCUCGUCUAGAUUUCUAUGCCAUUCAACGAAUUGUGCAUUUGAGGCAAUAUAACGGAUCUAUUUCUUUUGUGCCUGCACCUGGCUUCGAAGGGUUUGGAGAGCCUACUAGUUACAAUGACGAUGAUGAAUCUACUAACACUGAUCCAAGUCAAGAAAAGCCUACUAAGGUUCGACAACUCGGCUAUGAGGGACCUGAUAUUAAUCUAAAGAACAUGAACUGGAGAACAAUCAAAGGACCGUUUGUUUCAGUGUGGCUUCACAAUGUACCUUGGGGAGGUGAAGACACAAGGGCAGCUCCUGAUGCCAAGUUCUCAGAUGGUUAUCUAGACGUUAUAAUUAUGAGGGCUUGCCCAAAAUUGUCCUUGCUCUCGUUAAUGACGGGGUUGAGCACUGGGACUCAUGUCAAGUCACCAUAUGUGCUAUACUUCAAGGUGAAAGCUUUCAUUCUAGAGCCUGGUGCUCUCGCUGAUGAUUCAACAAAGGAAGGGAUAGUGGACUCAGAUGGUGAGGUCCUUGCUAGGGGCAAAGGAGCAUACAAAUGUCAUCAGAAAACACUAAUGGUGUACGAUAAACUUCAAAUAACUUUGGAUCAAGGUUUAGCCACUCUGUUUUCCCCUUCCCCGGUGUAACAUAUACAUUUUAUAUGGAUUUGAUUUUUCGUCACACAGAGAAAUACCACACAUGAUAGUCGUAUUUGUUCAUUCUACCCUACAUAUAAGGCCUCAACAACAAAUUAGAAUAUUAGAUCAGACAAGGGAUCGAGUUAACAUUCCUUGGGAACUUGCUUGCUGAAAAAAUAAUAUGCAGGUCAUGUUUGAAGAUUUUGCUUUGA